AUGUCGCAGACGAGUAGCAAUAUCCUUAUCAUCGGCGCUGGAACAUGGGGCUGCUCCAUUGCCCUCGAGCUCGCUCGUCGCGGUCACACUUCAAUCAGAGUCCUCGAUGGCAACCCAUUCCCCUCUCCCAUUUCUGCUGGCAAUGACCUCAACAAGAUCGCGGAAGAGAGCAACGAGCCGUCCGACUCCGACUCCGAUGAAGAGUUCUUCUGGAAUACGCUGACUCAACUUGCAAUGCAUGCUUGGAAAAUGGAUCCCCUCUUCUCAACCUUCUACCACGACACGGGUUUCAUCAUGGCCGCUGUCGGUGAUGAAGCAUAUGAGCGCUGCAAAGAGUAUGCCAAAGGCGAGAAGAUACUACCCGCAUCCUUGAAUACAAAGCAUGAUUUCCAACGGACGAUGCCAGAAGGGGUGCUGCAAGGCGACUUUCCAGGCUGGAGGGGCUUUUGGAAGGAGGAAGGUGCAGGCUGGGUGUUCGCUAGUGGGGCUCUGAGGGCUAUCCAUCAAGAGGCUGUGAAGUUGGGUGUGCAGUUUUUGACUGGUAGUAUGGAGGGUAAGGUUGACAAGCUACUGUAUAGUCCAGACAAGAGCGCAGUGUUGGGAGCGAAGACUGCAGAUGGCAUAGAGCACACAGCUCAGCAAACCAUCUUAUCAGCUGGUGCGAACAGCGACCUGCUCUUAGACUUCAAGCAACAACUUCGACCCACAGCGUGGACACUCGCACAUCUCCCCCUCUCCGCCGAAGAAGCAGAGCAGUGCCGGAACUUACCUGUCCUAUACGGUGUAGAUCGCGGCUUCUUCAUCGAGCCGGAUGUCGAAAGACAUGAAAUAAAGCUUUGCGAUGAACAUCCAGGGUAUAUCAACCCCAUCACAAACGACAAUGGAGAGAUGCGCUCCCUCCCAUUCUCACGUCAGCAGAUUCCCAUGGAAGCAGCAUCACGUAUGCGUCUUCUUCUCUCCGAAACGAUGCCGCAAUUCGCAGACCGAGACUUCAGCUUCGCCCGUAUUUGUUGGGACACAGAUACUGUUGAUCGUAUUUUUCUCAUCGACAAACACCCCGAUGUGCAACGCUUGCUUGUAGCGGUCGGAGGAUCUGGAAACGGCUUCAUGGCAUGCCCUGCAGUCGGUACUCUGGUCGCUGAUCUACUUGAGGAUAAGAGCGAGGAGAGAAUGAAAAAGAUGAUGAGAUGGCGACCAGAGAUGAGUGUUAAGAGAGACUGGUGGGAUGCCCAGGGGAGGUAUGGUGCCGAUGGGAAGGUUAUGGAUAUUCGACAAGUGGAAGAGUGGACGACGAUAGGAAGGUAG